AUGCACGGAUUGCCACGAAGACUGUGCAACCACGUGCUGUGCCCUUUUUUGUCCGUGCGUCCUCGUGGGGCGAACAACAGAAAUCGUCACCGACGGCGAGUCAGAUGCGACGACAUCGUGCUGUCUAUUCUUCCUCUUCCAAUUAGUAAUGCUUGGAUGCCUUUAUUCUCAAGAGAGCUUAAGAAUCGAGGAUGGGACCCAAAACGAGGCUAUGAAGAGAACAUGCGGAUACUUCAAGCAAGAGGCUUGCCACCUCCGCCACAGUCAAUGUUGCGCUGA